CGAAAACCAAAACCAGAGUAGGAAAGAAAGUCCAUAGGCUGCUCCUCCUGCUUAAAAGGCAAAAAAGUACAUAUACAGCCCAUCGUUUCACUUUCACUUUCCUAUCAUUUUCCAAAACCACUAUCUUUCUUUCUUUCUUCUUCAACAAUCCACUGUGUCUUACUCUCAACUCUCACACAUUUCUUCUUAUUCUUCUUCCUCUCACUGUAUCACUCUUUAACUACACUCACAACAUAACACUAACAAAUCAUCACCAUCAUGCACAAAACCGAUUCUGCUUCAACCUUAGGCCCAGGUGGCCUAGACUUAACUCAAGCAUUCUUCAAACCAAUCUCAAACGCAGCACCACCAUCUCCCACCAAACGCCACAACAAAAUCUCCGUCAUCGGCGCCGGAAACGUCGGAAUGGCCAUUGCUCAAACCAUCCUAACUCAAGACCUCACCGACGAGCUAGUCAUCGUCGAUAACAAACCCGACAAACUCCGCGGCGAGAUGCUCGAUCUUCAACACGCUGCUGCUUUUCUCCCUCGCGUUAAGAUCAACUCAUCUGUUGAAUACUCUGUCACUGAUGGAUCUGAUCUCUGUAUUGUCACUGCUGGUGCUAGACAGAAUCCUGGUGAGUCUAGGCUUAACCUUCUUCAGAGGAAUCUUGAUUUGUUUAAGACGAUUAUACCCCCUUUGGCUCGGUAUUCGCCGGAAACGGUUCUUGUUAUUGUUUCUAAUCCUGUUGAUGUUCUUACCUAUAUUGCUUGGAAGCUUUCUGGGUUUCCGUCUAAUCGGAUUAUCGGGUCGGGUACUAAUUUGGACUCGUCUCGGUUUCGUUUUCUUAUUGCUGAUCACCUUCAGGUCAACGCUCAGGAUGUUCAGGCAUGCAUAGUAGGGGAGCACGGGGAUAGUUCAGUGGCAUUGUGGUCUAGCAUUAGCGUUGGGGGUGUUCCUAUACUCAGUUUUUUGGAGAAUCAACAGAUUGCAUAUGAGAAAGAAACACUGGAGAAUAUACACAAGACAGUGAUAAACAGUGCUUAUGAAGUCAUCAGUCUGAAAGGCUACACUUCAUGGGCCAUCGGGUACUCAGUGGCUAGCUUGGCUCGGUCAAUUAUUAGGGACCAAAGGAAGAUUCACCCUGUGUCUGUUCUUGCUAAGGGCUUUUAUGGCAUAGGUGAUGUUGAAGUGUUUUUGAGCUUGCCAGCACAGCUUGGAAGAGGAGGGGUUCUUGGUGUAACCAAUGUGCACAUGAAUGAAGAGGAGGAACAAAGGUUAAGGGAUUCUGCUAAAACCAUCAUGGAGGUUCAGACUCAAUUGGGGAUUUAAAUGUGUCCCUCUAAUAGACUCACUAACUACGGUUUUGUUUGUCAUUUACGUUUUCCAUGGCUUUCUUCCACUGCAAGUGUUUUUUGUUUAUUACUUGCUUGCAUCCAAAAUGGUGGCUGCAUUCAGAUCUUGUGAUAUGUGUGUGCUUUGUAGUGUUUAAUUUAACCAGACAAAUUUCAAAAUUUCUGUAUAAUUGUAGUCUUUGUGCCUCUUCUUAGUUCACCAUGUAUGGUAGUUUAAUGCAACAAUGAAACAGUUUUUGUUCGUUGGA